AUGGAAAGGCCACAUCUUCCCGAUAUCGACGAGCCCUCUGCCAAUGCAAACACGUUGUUUUCAUGGCUGGAACAACAGCCUGAAGCACAGUUCCAAGAACUGGCAGAAGCUCUGUUUGUACAACUCCUGGCGAACGCGGCCAAAUCUCGCGUCUCGUCCGUCAAUGCUUGUGCCAAGCUAUGCGGCUUUGUCCAGCAUUGUGCAACACGGGCACCGGAUGCCGUCACAGAAUGGGCGUUCAGGUCCGCUACGGCGCUGCGGCUGUUCCACUUCUACAUUGAAUGGAACGAGAAGGACCAGCACCGCUCGCUUAAGCUCGUACUUGAUUUGGUUGCUCUGCUGAUCCUGCAGAACCCAGACGAAGCAACACGGACGGCUCUUCGAAACGAAAUCCUGCAGACGCUCGUGACCAUUGUCAGCCGCAAGUCGACCCGGCCACUCGUCAAGUCGUCGAUCGGAUCGCUGCAUUACCUGCUGGGAAAGGGCGUGUAUGAUUACGAAGAGGUGGCGAGGGCGUACGGCCGCGAAGUUGGUGAUGAUGACGACAUUCCCACGGAGCCGAGCCUUGACACCUGGCGGCGGCUUGUUGCGGACAUGUUCGCGUGGAUGACGCUGCACUAUGUUUGUCCUGUGGCCGGCAAGUUUCUUGUGGCCGUCUUUGCGUACCUGCAGACAACAGCAACUUUUCAAGAGGACGGCGGCAGCGCACUGUUCCCCGAAUUUUCCGUCGAGAUGUGGCUGCAAUGGUUACGCAACAGCUUGGAAGUGCAUCCCACCAUUUUGGAGGAUGUCAAGCUGUACUUUUUCAUUCCAUUUUUCAAGACCGACCGCACACGGUCACUACAGCUUCUCGAGAUUCUUAACAAAAACGAGGUGUCCACUGCAACCGAGAAGGAGAACAAUGACACGGUCGGUGCGGUCCUUCAGCUUGCCGCUCUUGAAGUCGGCAAAAAGGCGGGCCUCGUCGAUGACCCGGGCUUGAACUUGACGGGAAAGGUUGCCAAAGGCGGUGUCAUUGUGCUCAACGAGUCGGUCCUGGACGGUGUGCUGGCACGAGCUCCGACGGACGUGCGCUCGCUGGCACUCUCUCUGCUCGUCUCGUCUCAGUCCACGACGAAACCCUACUCCUCCACAGCAUUCGACCUGCUGCAACGGUAUCUGCCAACAUACCACGCCGAGUCGGACGCAAAGUUCCGGUAUGAGCUGCUGGCACACACGCGUGACAUGGCUUUGCGGUUAAAGAGUGCCAUCGCCACGAUGCAGCGUUGGGGACGUGGUGGUAAGGGCGACCCGAGCGGCCAAAGCAAGUCGAGCCUCAAGAAGAUGGAGGCAGUCAAGAUCGAUGAUGCCACUAUCCAGAAGACUCUCACCGAGCACGAGGCCUUCUUGACAUGGUACCUGACGUUUCUCCGUGCCGAGAUGGCUCCGACAGCAUCCUACCAGCGCCACUUUACAUCACUCAAGGCUACAUCAUGGCUACUGCGGCAACGGCGAGACGUGUCGGGUGGUGUGUCGGAUACACUAGACAUGGCACUGGUGCGGCGACUGUUUGACGACAAUGCGUGGGUGCGAUGUGUCCUAGACUUGAUUAUGGAUCCCUUUGACGAUGUGCGCGACGUGGCCACGUCUCUGCUUGUGUUGGCACCGCCAGAACUUGUGGCCGCCGAGAGGGGCUCUCUUCGGGACGUUCUUGCCAACUUCAGCCGGCGCGCUGAUCACCGUGCAUCCCAAACUGCACGUCAGGAUCACGCUGAUGGCGCUGCGCGCUGCCAGGGCCUGAUGUGCAGCUGGGCUUUUAACGACCUGGAGGCGCAAAAGGCCAUCCUGUCUCAAGUACUUGACGUCCUGGAGACCAAGAUUGAGCGGGCUGAGACGGACCUGGCCUCUGCUGCCAUCCGGGGAUCUGUACACGGCGAGUUUGCAUCAAUCAGGUUCAUCUGGGCCGUCUUGGCCAAGGCCAAGUACUCGGAUGCUGACUUGGCGACGCUCGUUGAGGUCCAGGCGCGGAUUGUGAAGAGCUGUGAGCGCGUGUGGCAUGUCGUGAAGCACGUCCUGUGCGACGACUCACCCGAGGGACACAUCCCCGACGACUUGGAAGACCAAGGUAUUUCCAAUCUCGACUCCAAGGACCUGUUGAGUUUUAGCUUCCGGUCCAUCAACGAGUCAAGCAACACGAUGCGGGCCAUUGUGUCACACAUCCGCUUCAGUCGUGUCAAGGGAACGCUGACGCCGAGCCGGGCCGUGUUUGAACGCAUUGGUAACCUGGCCUUUGAGCAGCUGUCGACACUGCGUCACCGGGGUGCGCUGACAACGGUCGCGCAGACUUUCACCAUGUGCUGUCAGUUGGCACAAGACCCAUCCGUGACAGUGCCCGGUACAGCAGAAGACGCCACCUUAGUGGCGACAUGGUACAAGGUGGGUGGCCUCGCCUGCUUAAACACACAUGACAGUUUUAAAAGUAUAUUGCUAACAUUUCAGGGCACGCUCAAUUGCAUUCGAACUCAAGUCUCGACGACGCGGCGAUCCGCCGGCAUUCCCGCCCUCUUCUCGGGCAUUUUGGCCUCAUCGAGCACGUCGCAGCCGGCUUUUUUCGACGCCGCCAUCCGUACGGCAUGCAGCAUUGCCCAACAGCCGGCCAACUCUGCCGAGCGCGCGGCCGACGGCUCGCGACUGCCACAGGUGCACGCCUUCAACUGCCUCCGCGAUGUGUUCCGCAGUUCUCUUCUUAGCAAACGUGCGGAGCGAUUGCUGCCUGAGUGUCUUCAAUUAGCGGCCAACAGUUUGCGGUCGGACGUGUGGGCGAUCCGCAACUGCGGCCUGUUACUGCUGCGUAGUUUGAUUGACUGUUUGUUUGGCACAGGCGAAUCCAAGGCGUCGCUUGAGUCCGGCUGGGACGGCCGGACGAUCCGCAUUUCCUAUAAUAGGUACCCGACGUUACCUGGAGUCCUUUUGAGUCUACUUCGGACAGACAAGGCUUUGUCAGAUGAGGCAGUGUCGUCCAGCAGUGGCCAUCUGCAGAUCGAGUCGCAACAGGCGGCUGCCGAGUCUGUAUUCCCGGCCCUGGAUAUCAUCCGCCGUGCAGGGCCGCCCGAAACACACCGCGCCGAACUGUACGAGGCGGUUGUUCAUUACCUGGGUAGCCACUUGUGGCAUGUCCGUGAGAUGGCAGCUCGUACUGUGUGCUCGUUCCUGGUAAACAACGACAAUUGGGCUGCUGGUGUCCAACAACUUCUCCUCGACAAAUCGGCCAUGACCUCUGUCAACCGCUGGCAUGGCUCGCUCCUCGCAGUGCGAUUUAUUUUGGUUCGGGUGGCUGGCAUCUCUGGUGCUUCCGUCACGAGCAGCCUGCGGCCACUUUUGUCGGUUCUUGAUACUCUCGCAGCCGCGAACGGUCGGUUUACGACAUGUCCGGAGGUGAGAGCGGCCUAUCUCGAAGCACGCAAUACAAUUGCCAGUCUUGCUCUACAGUUCAAUGUCAGCGUUGGUGAAGCCAUCUCCAAAACGGUCGCCGCGCCCGCGGACAAUGUAGCGGUCCCGUCGGCACUUCUCAAAGCACAGACCAUUCUCCAAGUCAACUACACUGCUGUGGAGCUUGACGACCGUCACAUGCUUGAGAACCUCGUUGCGAGCGUCGCUGUCUCAGAUCCCGACAAUGCCACACGUCUGCUCGAGACCGUGCAGGCGUCUUGGUUCGGCGCUGCCAAGCAAACCCCGGACACUGCAUCAUGGCUAACAACGGUGUAUGUCAGUGUUUCUCUUGAGGUUGCUGCGGCGGCCGAAGUGCGAGCAGUUGCCCUCCUCAACCUGGCUGAGGUUAUGGACUACCUUUUGUUUGGCGACGGUCGUGGCAACGACAACCUGCUUCCCGCCAUCGACAGCCUUGUAUAUGUGUGGUCGGCCACCAGCCAAGGUGCCAUCAACCCCACUCUGUCGUGGGCCGUGCUGCGGGCCAGCGGACCCAUCCUUGCAGCGUCCGUCCGAGCGAAAGACAGACCCAGCACCAGCCUCCUCUCCGUCUCCGCUUGGGUGGCCAUGAUCAAGGCCGCGAUUGAUCCUGCGCAGACGUUUGACACUCGUAUGGCGGCGACUGAGGCACUGCGGUCGUUUGCACUUGCCACGGCUGCUCCGUUUGCCGCGGUGGCCAACGACAAUGACUUGCUGCUGUUCGUGUCUUGCGUCUACGACACUCUCAAUGACGAUGACGACGAAAUCCGCGACGUGGCGGCCGAGGCGGCGGGUGCGGUCCUGGAAACACCGCUUAUUCCGGGUGAGGCAGCACGGCGGUUGCCAAUGUGGCUGGCCAGCCGGUUUGGCGCAUCCGUUGGUUUUGUCAAACAGGCUGCGGCGCGGAUGGAGGGCCACAGUAGUACAUUCGAAGUCACAUUGUGGCCAUCUGCAGCAACUUUGUUGGAAGAGGCGCUCGAGUUUGAUGACGCCCUUUUCCUUGUCGAGGAGCACAAUCUAUACGUGGACGAGGUGCGGGAGGCGAAGCGUUGGGCUUCUGUCAUUGCCGGCAACACCGAGGGGGACGGCAUUGGCAGUCUAACUGGGUGGUUGGCCAACGGUCUGGAGGCUCUUGUCUCUCAUGUGCGAGGUCCCGAUGGCGACGAUGGUCCGCUGGGCUGGACGGCCGCGCCGGGCGUGUUUGCGGUGUGUGCUCGGUUGAUCUUGGGCACCCGGGCUGUCCUUGCACAUCAAAUCGAGGCCACAGACACCAAUCUGCAACGCCUGUCGACUCUUUUGACGACUUUCCAAGAGGCGGGUGAGAAGGCCCACGUUCAUGGCCUGCUCUUGGCCAUGGCCAAGGAAAAGGUGGCGAUGUGA